CGACGCUAAAAGCGUCGUAUUGGGAUCCAUGCAUAUUCCAAGUCAUAAUAACAAAAUUAAUGCCUUGCCCAAUACCAGGCCAAAGCGAUCAAAAUCCGUGGUGGCGAUUAGACUUGCAGGCCGAAUACAACGUGGGACGAAUCAGAGCCACAAACAGAAAUGGUGCAGGUGGAGUUUACUUUGAAGGUACAGAAGCUCAAACAGGCCUAACCAGUGACGUCUCCUUGCACCAACCUUGCGGCUCGACGGUAGACAGCAACGAUUCCUAUCCAGGGGCGGUGCACGUGUUCUUGUGUGAUCCACCUCGGAAGGCAAGAUACGUCUCACUGGUCAAGGACGUUUCUACCUAUGGAUAUUUUGUGAAUGUUGCUGAGGUGACGGUUGACAUGUUUGAACCUAGGCAACCUGUGAUAAAAGAAUGCAGACCUGCGUGGAAACCAGCCACCUUCAGACUGCUACACCAAGAUGGCUUGAUCUCCAACCCGAGCCAGCUCCUAGCCACCGUGGCUGCAGGAACUCCGCAGUUCUGCGCGCUCCGAUGCCUCAACAAGGCCGGCUGCUUGUCCUUCGACAUAGCGCCUGGAAAACAGUGCCGGCUUUACAACAUUCAUUCUGCGGAUAUCAAUGCUGUACAGAACAGCGACUCCGCAGUCUAUGCUUGUCUGUUUUGCGGGUGA